GGUGAGGAAAUGACACUUUAAAAGCCGCCACCAAACUUCCCACCCCCAACACCAAUGCCACCACCUCCUCCUCCAAUUCACAAUCUUCGAUCUCCACGCUAGAUUUAGUUCAACUCACCACGGCUAUUGCCUGUUUCUUGUGUGCAAAACGCAGAAAGGGAGAAUGUCGAUUCACGUUAACAACAUAGCUAAUUUUACUUCCACACUCUCCAAAACCCACAACCCUUCUUCCAAAUCAUCACCAUCACCAUGUCCAUUAUCCUUUUUAUCUUUUGGAUCGAAAUUCGAAAACCCGAUGAUGAAAAUCGCUCUUCCGUCUAGUCAAAACCUCCGGAGAAACUCACUUACCAUUUCAGCUUCUGUUGCCACUGCUGAGAAGCCUUCCACAGCACCGGAGGAGAUUGUGUUGCAGCCCAUUAAAGAGAUAUCUGGAACCGUUAAUUUGCCCGGAUCCAAGUCUCUUUCCAAUCGGAUUCUUCUCCUCGCUGCUCUUUCUGAGGGGACUACUGUUGUGGACAACUUAUUGAACAGUGAUGAUGUUCAUUACAUGUUGGGGGCUUUAAGAGCUCUAGGGUUACAUGUUGAAGAAAAUGGUGCACUUAAAAGGGCAAUUGUGGAAGGUUGUGGUGGUGUGUUUCCAGUGGGUAGAGAAUCCAAGGAUGAAAUCCAGCUUUUCCUUGGAAAUGCAGGAACAGCUAUGCGUCCAUUGACUGCUGCAGUUACUGCUGCAGGGGGUAAUUCAAGCUACAUUCUAGAUGGUGUUCCUCGAAUGAGAGAGAGGCCAAUUGGUGAUUUAGUCACAGGUCUUAAACAACUUGGUGCAGAUGUUGAUUGUUUUCUAGGUACAGAUUGCCCACCUGUUCGGGUAGUUGGAAGUGGAGGCCUUCCUGGUGGAAAGGUGAAAUUGUCGGGAUCUAUUAGUAGUCAAUACUUGACUGCUUUACUAAUGGCAGCUCCCCUAGCACUAGGAGAUGUAGAGAUAGAAAUUAUAGAUAAACUUAUCUCUAUACCUUAUGUGGAAAUGACACUUAAGUUGAUGGAAAGAUUUGGUGUUUCUGUACAACACAGUGACACAUGGGACAGGUUCCAUGUCCAAGGUGGUCAGAAGUACAAGUCGCCGGGAAAUGCUUAUGUGGAAGGUGAUGCUUCAAGUGCUAGCUACUUUUUGGCGGGUGCCGCCAUUACUGGCGGCACCAUCACGGUGGAAGGCUGUGGGACCAGCAGUUUACAAGGUGAUGUAAAGUUUGCUGAGGUUCUUGGACAAAUGGGUGCUCAAGUGACGUGGACUGAGAAUUCUGUUACAGUGAAGGGCCCACCAAGGGAUCCUUCCGGAAGAAAACAUUUGCGCCCUGUUGAUGUAAACAUGAACAAAAUGCCUGAUGUUGCCAUGACUCUUGCGGUGGUUGCUCUGUACGCUGAUGGGCCCACAGCCAUUAGAGACGUGGCUAGCUGGAGGGUAAAAGAGACCGAAAGGAUGAUUGCCAUUUGCACAGAACUAAGAAAGUUGGGAGCAACAGUGGAAGAAGGACCUGAUUAUUGUAUAAUCACUCCACCAGAGAAAUUAAAUGUGACAGCGAUUGAUACAUAUGACGAUCAUAGAAUGGCCAUGGCUUUCUCACUUGCAGCAUGUGCUGACGUGGCUGUAACCAUUAAGGACCCUGGUUGCACCCGUAAGACCUUCCCUGACUACUUUGAAGUGCUUCAGAGUUGUUUUUAG